ACGGCGGAUUAUGUUACUCAACAGUUAAGACUGUAAACGUGGCAUUCUUUUCACAUCAGCAUCAAGACAUGGCGACUUUCAGUUGGAACCGAUCACUUGUUUUCUUCAGUUUCAUAGCUCUUGCACUGUUUGGCGGAAAUAACAGUAGAAACAUUGGACAAUUGGGUUUUUACUCACAUGCUGGUAAUUUGACAGUAACACAGAAAGUGUUCUUUGAUGUUUCAAUAAAUGGCAAACCAGAAGGAAGAAUAGUUUUGGGAUUAUUUGGACAGACUGUUCCAAAGACAGUAGAAAACUUCGUUGCAUUGACAACACAUAGUAAAGGUUAUGGAUACAAAGGCAGUAAAUUUCAUCGGGUCAUUGAAGAUUUUAUGAUACAGGGUGGUGACUAUGAACUUGGUACUGGUUACGGUGGAAAGAGUAUUUAUGGAGAAUUUUUCCCAGAUGAGAACUUCAAUAUCAAUCAUUAUGGACCAGGAUGGUUGAGUAUGGCAACUAUGGGAAAAGACACCAAUGGAUCACAGUUUUUCAUCACAGCUAAGAAGACAUCGUGGUUAGAUGGAAAACAUGUAGUUUUUGGCAAAGUCCUUGAAGGAAUGAAAGUAGUAAGAAAGAUUGAAUCUCAGAAAACGGAGGAAGAAAAGCCAUUAUCUGAUAUUGUGAUUACAGAUUGUGGACUUAUAUCAAAACCAUUCAAACCGUAUGAAGAAACAGCAGCGGGCGUACCAGAUACGGUUUAGAGGAGCAAUAUAAUAUACUUUACGAUCUCUCUUCAAUGUCAUAGUUGUUAACUAAAUCUUUUGCAGGGAUAUUUGUUUUUUUAGCUAGUAAACUUCAUCUUCAUAUUCAAAAACAAGUACUUACAAAAUAUGGGAGAAUUCAUACCACAGAGAAACAAAUACUUAAUUAUAUGUGAGAAUUCAUACAUGUAUCAUAAAACAGAUAUAUUAUUGACAUCAACAUCAAGAGUAUAUAGAGAAGACGUGAUAUCAUUUUUUUUAUUUUAACUAAUUUCUAGAUUUUAUUACUAUUUCUAGACGAAAAAACCCAAUAAUUUUGAAUUAAUUACAUUGAUUAUAUAUUAAAUAAGAGACAAACAUUCCUUUUUUUUCAUUUUAACUUGCAAAUAUUGUAGCAUUGUUGUCAAAUUUUCAGUAAGAGUAUUAUGUGAUUUAUCUAUGCAAUGUGUCAUAUUGAAAUUUAAAAAUACAUGUACAAUAAAUUACAUAUUUUGUUA